AUGGCCGGUGGGAUGCUGCGGGGCGUGGGUACGAUGGGAUGCCGGCUCCGGGCUAGCCCUCUUCGCUUCUUCGUCUUCCUCCUCCUCCUCUUCCUCCUCGUGUGGGUGCCCACAGCUCGGGGGCAGCCUGCUCGUCGGAGCCGUCGCCAGCUGGGGUUGCGCAGGCCGGGGGGCAGCCUUGGCGCGCCCGGCUACUCGAGGGCCAGCCAGCCCCCGAUUCCGAGCAGUGGCGGCAGCAGGAGCCCAGACAUCUGCAGGAGCCAACCCUUGGACCUGGUGUUUAUCAUCGACAGCUCUCGCAGCGUGCGGCCUCAGGAGUUCACCAAAGUGAAAAAGUUCGUCACCAAGAUUAUUGACAGCCUGGACAUUGGGGCGACUGCCACUCGGGUGGCCCUGGUGAACUAUGCCAGCACUGUGAAAAUCGAGUUCAACCUCCAGACCUAUUCUGACAAGGCAUCCGUGAAGCAGGCAGUGUCCCGGGUCAUCCCUCUGUCCACGGGCACCAUGUCAGGCCUGGCUAUCCAGACAGCCAUGGAUGAAGCUUUCACUGUAGAGGCAGGGGCCCGCGCCACCACCUUCAACAUCCCCAGGGUGGCCAUUAUGGUGACCGACGGCCGGCCGCAGGACCAGGCGGAGGAGGUGGCGGCACGGGCGCGAGCAGCCGGCAUUGAGAUCUAUGCUGUGGGCGUGGACCGGGCAGACACGCAGUCACUGAGGACAAUCGCCAGCAAGCCGUUCGAUGACCACGUGUUCUAUGUGGAGACCUAUGGGGUGAUCGAGAAGGUGACCUCAAGGUUCCGGGAAACUUUCUGCGCUCUGGACCAGUGUGCCCUAGGCACCCAUCAGUGUGAACACGUUUGUGUAAGCGAUGGAGAUGGUGCCCAUCACUGUGAAUGCAGCCAAGGAUACACCUUGAACGAAGACAAGAAAACUUGCUCAGCUAUUGAUAAGUGUGCCCUAAACACCCAUGGAUGUGAGCACAUUUGUGUGAGUGACCGGGCGGGUGUCUACCACUGUGAGUGCUAUGAAGGUUACAUCCUGAAUGAAGAUAAGAAAACCUGUUCAGCUCAGGACAAGUGUGCCCUCGGUACACAUGAGUGUGAGCACAUCUGUGUGAGUGACAGGGCUGGAGCCCACCACUGUGAGUGCUAUGAAGGUUACGUCUUGAAUCAGGAUAAGAAGACGUGUUCUGCUCAGAAUCAGUGUGCUCUGGGCACCCACCGCUGUCAGCACCUCUGCGUGAGUGAUGGGCCUGGGGCUUACCACUGUGAGUGCCGCCCAGGGUACAACUUGAACGAAGACGGGAGAUCGUGUGCAGCCAUUGAAGAAGCCCAGAGACUCAUCUCGACUGAAGACGUCUGUGGCUGUGAAGCCACACUGGCCUUCCAGGAGAAGGUCACCUCCCACCUCCAGAGACUUUCAGCCAAGCUUGACGACAUCUUGGAGAAGUUACAAGUCAAUGAUUUGAGACAGGUCCGCCGUUAG